AUGUCCGGUCCCUCUACCUCCAACGAGAGAUCCACUGGUCAGGGCCUUGCUCCCCAACACCAGCACCUUCAACAACAACACCUUCACCAUCAACAGAUGGACCACACUGCCGCUGCUGCCAUUGCAUUGGCCAACCAUGAGUUCCAGAACCCUGCUGCCGUGAUGGGACACCAUGACGACGAGAGUCAGUAUCACCGUGGCGUUCACAUGAGCGCCGCCGCUGCUCAAAUGCAACAACAACAAAUGCAACAGCAGCAAUUGCACAUGCAACACCAGCACUUGCAACAUCAGCACUUGCAGCAGCACCCAUUGCAGCAGCACCACUUGCACCAGCAAUUGCAGCACCAGCAGUUGCACCAGCAGCAGAUGCCUCAGCACCAGCACACGUUGGGUCUUCCUACUGCUGGAAUUGACUACGAGAAUGGUGGUUACCUCGUGUCUAGACACGGCGAGGGUGACAUCAUCAAGACUUUCACCAGCAAGCAGGAGUUGGUGAAGUAUGUCAAGACCGUGCUCAACGAGGAGGAACAAUGUAAGAUUGUCAUCAACUCCUCCAAGCCGAAGGCCGUCUACUUCCAGUGUGAGAGAUCGGGUUCUUUCAGAACCACCGUCAAGGAUGCUACCAAGAGACAGAGAGUUGCUUACACCAAGAGAUCCAAGUGUGGAUACAGAUUGGUUGCCAACUUGUACCCUCCAGAGAAGGAUAAGGCCAAGAAGAUGAAGAAAGAGCCAAAUGAAUUCGACGGCUCGUACCACGAGGAUGACAAGAAGGAUUCUGAGAUGUGGAUCUUGAGAAUGAUCCACCCAGCUCACAACCAUCCUCCUGAGCCAAACUUCGCCAUGGUUGGUGGUAAGAAGAAGAGAGCUAAGUACACCAGAACUUUGGUGGAGAAGCCAUUGCACCGCAAUGGUGGAGCUGCAGCCGCCGCUGCCGCUGCAGUUGCUGUUGGUUACCAGCCUGAGCUUAUGGACCACCACCACAUGCACCAGCAGCAGUACCAACACCUCCAGCAGCAGCCUCAGCUUCACCACCCUCACCUUCAUCAUCAGCCGCACCACCACCAGCAGCACCACCACGAUGAUGGUUCCCACCCAUCUGUACAAGAUGUUGCUGUUAUUGCUGCCAUGGAGGCUGCUCCAGGUAAUCCAGGAUUGCUGAACCCGCCAGUGGACCCAAGCAUUGACCCAAGCGUGGACCCAAACGUUGACCCAAGUGUCCAGCAGCAUGACCAUGCUCACGGUCAUGUCUAA